AUUUAAUUUUUUUUCCAUCGAAAUAUGAUUUGUUGAUUUUCAUUUCUAUCGUCUCGGUUACACAAUUCGAGUGCUUUGAUUGGUGUGUGCACAACUAAACGAUUCAUUGAAUGUAACAAGAGUGAAAAAAAUAUUCAGAUUCACACAUUGGAAAAAACAUUUUCCAUUUUAAUGAAUUAGAAAAAAUUUAAACAAAUAAAAAAAAACACACGUACAAGCAAUCGAAUCAAAGCGUUUUGAAGCCAUAGAGAAAUGUCGAUUUGACAGCAAAUAACGUUUUUCAAUUGGAUUUUGCGUGUGUGAACAUUCCAUUGGGUGAAACAAUUCGGCGUUGGUGAAAGGAUCGACAAGCUUCGAAAAAUAUAUGAAAUUGCUGUGUCAUCUAAAUAUAGAUUUGAUGUUCGAUAAAUUUUAAAUGAGAUUUGAUUAUAAAGUAACUAACCAUUUUGAAAUAGAAAACCAAUUGAGUAAUCGAUUUUGAAUACAUCGAACAUUUUGAUUUAAAAAAAAGUAGCCUGAAUAAAUUAUUUCGAAUAAACUUAAAUUUCUCGUGUUCAUCACUUUGUUCGAGUGAGAACUCACUUCGAAUGAGAUAUGUAGUGGGAGUAUGCAUGUGAAAAAAUAAUGAACGUAAUCAAUAAUUGAUAUAAUAAAAUCGUUCGAAUUUCACGUAGAUAUAUAAUUUUAUAUCGAUCAUCAGUGCAUGCUUAAAAGUCUUUUCGCUCACCAAACAACACUCAAUACAUUUAAAAAUUAUUGGAAUUCGAGGUGUAUGGCUUUUUGUUUGUUGUCGCUGCUGUUCAAUUCAACUUUACAUGACUGAAUCUGAAGCCGAAACUGAAUAAUUAAAAGGGUGAAAAGAGAUAGACUUUAAAACCAAACCAUAUAUUAUAAUGAUAGAAGCAAUCAAUCGAUUACAAUGAAAAUUCGUCCUAAAGUAAUAGCGCCGUCACAAAAAAUGCCAAACAUCCAACACAACGGAUGUAACGGUAUGCCAAAAUCGGCAAAAAUAUUUGGAAACUGUACGGGUACACCAUCACGAAGUCCAGCAUCAUCGUCGUCAUCAUUGUUAUCAACACCAUUGGCAUCAUUUAUGUCAUCGUCAUCGUAUACAUCAUCGAAUGAUGGCUGCUUUGGCAGCCGAGUUACAGCUUGUGAAAUGAACUGCAACAGCAGCAGAAGUAGCAGCCGAAAUAGCAAUAACAACAAUUGUUCACAAAAUAUUGGUGCAGGCAAUGGUAAUGCCACCACUACAAAUACGUUUGGAAUGACAAAUGGACACACAGGAAAUGGCACCGUUUAUACCAACCAUCAUCAUCAUCACCACCACCACCAUCAUCAGCAAGCAACAAACUCACAAAAACAUGGCUACAUUGAAAAGAAUAAUCACAUUUAUGCGUAUGCUUUGAUCAGUUUGAUUGCGAUUAUGGUAUAUCUCAAUGGUAUCAAUGGUGAAUUCGUACACGACGAUAUACCGGCCAUUAAAUUGAACAAGGAUGUUAUUGGCACCAAUAAAAUAACGCGAUUGUUUUUUAACGAUUUUUGGGGCGCACCAAUGAAUGAUCCAAACAGUCACAAAUCAUAUCGACCGCUAACGGUUCUAUCAUUUAGAUUAAACUACUAUUUGUUCGGUUUGAAACCAUUCUGGUUUCAUUUUACAAAUAUUCUAAUGCACGCCAUUGUUUGUGUACUAUUUACCCGGGUUUGCAUCAUUGUGGCCGGUCUUCAAGAUAAUUUUGCAAUAAUAGCUGGCAUUAUAUUUGCGAUUCAUCCAAUUCACACAGAAGCGGUCACAGGUAUAGUGGGCCGAGCAGAUGUCUUAGCCUGUAUAUUCUUUUUGAUUUCGUUGCUGGUUUACCACGGGAAAGCGUACAGUUCAGAUGAUGCAUCAACGUGGUUGAGUAUAUUAUUUGGUGGAAUAUCCAUGCUAUCAAAAGAGACGGGAAUUACGAUAUUUUUAGUGAACUUAACGUAUGAUUUGUAUCGUUGUUGGCCAUCGUUAAAACGUACACUGGUCGACGUACAUUGGACACCGGAAAGUCAACAAUGCUAUCGUCGUCUCUCCAAAUUAUUAAUAUCAAUGGUCAUUCUACUGAUAAUUCGAUUGGCCCUAUUACAAGGAUCGUUUCCAAAAUUUUCACAACAGGAUAAUCCGACAGCAUAUCAUCCCAGUUUUUAUGUCAGAAUGUUAACGUUUUGCUAUUUGGCGGCAUUUAAUUGGUGGCUUAUGCUGUGCCCUUCAACACUUAGCCAUGAUUGGCAAAUGGGAAGCAUACCAUUGCUCACAUCAAUCAGUGAUCCAAGAAAUUUACUCACAUUGUGGGCUUUUGCAUCGACCAUCUUAAUGUUGCACAAAAGCAUACUCGAUUUUGAGACACAACGCUAUGCGCCGCUUAUAUUGGGUGUUUUGUUGCUCAUUUUGCCAUUUCUGCCAGCUAGCAAUUUGUUUGUUACCGUUGGAUUCGUAGUGGCGGAACGGUGUCAAUACAUUUCAAGUUUGGGCUGCGUUCUGCUUGUCGUUUAUGGUGCGCAAAUAAUGUGGGAAACGAUGUCUAAAUACCGCAGCUUUAUUAUUCUUAUGGGGAUACUGCUAAUUACCGUUGGCACCUGUAAAACAAUAACACGUAAUCGAGAUUGGUAUUCACGUGAACGUUUGCUGCGAGCCGGUCUUGCGGUAUUGCCACACAAUGCCAAGAUGCACUACAAUUUCGGAAAUUUCCUAAAGGAUUCAUUUCAAAAAGAGACAGCAACACUACACUAUCGGGAAGCAUUAAGACUAUGGCCAACGUAUGCAAGUGCUCACAAUAACUUGGGAACUUUAAUCGUCGACUCACCAGAGGCUGAAGAUCAUUUCUUAUUCGCUAUUAUGUAUGCAUCAACGCAUGUAAAUGCUCAUUUUAAUUUGGGACAACUCUAUCUAAGGAAGAAGAACCAAACCGAUAAUGCUAUCCGGAUGAUGAAACGAUGCAUUGAACUCGAUGUGACAUAUGUUAAAGCACAUUUGGAAUUGUUUCGUUUGCAUGGUGAAGGAAGUCGGGGUGCUCUUAUUUUAACCGAUGCAAUAAAAGCGAAUCCUGACAAUUUUAAAUUGAGGCUCGCCUUUGGAGAAUGGCUUCUAAACAAUGGACUUGCACCUGCUGCAAUGCACACAUUUCAACGUAUAUUCGAGAAGAAUGAGUCGAACAUGCUUGCAAUUACUGGCAUUUGCAAGUCAAUGCGAAAAAUGGGUCAAUGGUCGCGAUUGCAUUUGCUAAUGACGAGACUUCAAACCAUCUAUCGUUUAAAACAUGGUGGUUCCUAUCGGAUUGACAUUUAUUUACGCAAUUGGAGCAUACGAACGGAAUUGCAACGGCGUGCAUAUUUGUACAAUGUUGAAAAUGAAACAUUUCAUGAGCCUGGAUUGAGUGCAACGCCUAGUGAACGAAUACGAAAUGAUAGUGGCACUACAAUGUUAACAUCACAUCAAUUGAAUAUAACAAAUGAUGGUGUACAGCAAACGCAUGAAGCCGAUAUCUAUCAAAAUAGCUCAAAUGAAGAAAAUGCCAACAACAAUAAUAAUAAUAAUAACAACAGCCACAACAAGAGCAGCAACAACAAUGGCCGGGACCAUGAACAAAAUGGCACAAAUCAAAAAGAUUUUACGUAUCAAAAGCAAUAUUGUAAUGAUGUAAAGACGAUACAAUCCGACGAUAUGAUGCGAUCAAAUGGUGUAAAUAUCGCAACCCGUACAGAAAUUAAUACCACCAUACGCAAACCAUUGGGCAAUGAUUUAAUCGAAAGUGAUUCUUCAAUAAAAUAUUUAUGCGAUAAACAUGAAAUGAUCGUUGAACAUCGAUGCGGCGGCACAUGGAAUAAAAAUAUUCGAAAUUGUAGCGAGAAAAAAUCAGCCCAAGAUGCCAAAACAACAAAACCCACCACUACCACCACAACGACGACGACGACGACCAGUGUUUGCAAAAUCAUUCAAAACAAACAAAAACAGUGCCCAUUCAAUCCACCGACUACAAGUGAGAUUGGCAAAUCGAAUAAACCGCCAAAGCUAAAAACACAAAAUACCUUUAUAUCGCGCUUAUUUCUUACCGACAUUCUCGAUAACAUUUGAACCAUUUUCAAUAGCAUUUUAUUCAUCCAUAAACAAUACAUCGUCAAAAGUCAUUUAUCAUUUUGACAUCAACAGUUUCGUCUUUUUUUUUUCUUCUUUCGACACAUUUGAAACAAACAAAAAAUGGAACUGUUUUCUAGCAU